AUGGGCGUGUGUUGGGGUGCGGUGGUGCGGGUGCUGUUGCUGCAGGCGGGGUGGGCGUUGGGCGUCGGGCAGGUGCGGUACUCGGUGCCGGAGGAAGCGAAGGCCGGGACGGUGGUGGGCCGGCUGGCGCAGGACCUGGGCCUGGAGGCGGGCGAGGCGGAGGCUUGGCGGCUGCGGCUGGUGGCGCAGGGCCGGCGGGCGAGCGUGGAGGUGAGCGGGGCGAGCGGGGCGCUGGUGGUGAGCUCGCGGCUGGACCGGGAGGAGCUGUGCGGGAAGAGCGCGCCGUGCGCCCUGCGGCUGGAGGUGCUGGUGGAGCGGCCGCUGCGCGUCUUCCACGUGGAGCUGGAGGUCACCGACAUCAACGACAACGCCCCGCUCUUCCCCGCCGCCCGGAAAAACCAGUUUACGGAGAACUCCCCUCCCGGCUCUCGGUUCCCGCUGGAGGGCGCGUCGGAUGCAGACAUCGGAGCCAACGCGCAGCUCUCCUAUACACUCAGCCCCAGCGACCACUUCUCUCUGGAUCUGCGGAAAACCGAGGAAGACGAUGAGUCCUUAUUCCUGGUGCUCGCGAAAUCUCUGGACCGCGAGACGAUGCCUGUGCACCGGUUGGUGUUGACGGCGAGUGACGGGGGCCGGCCGUCGCUGACGGGCACGAUGGAGCUGGUGAUCUCGGUGCUGGAUGCCAACGACAACGCGCCCCAGUUCAACCAGUCGGUGUAUAAAGUGCAGCUGCCGGAAAAUACGGAACGCGGCACUUUAGUGAUCAGACUAAACGCCACGGAUCUGGAUGAGGGGACGAACAGGAAUAUCUCGUAUUCUCUCCAGAAGGUGUUCCCGCAGGAUGGAGGAGACGUUUUCGAGCUCGACAGAAACAGCGGAGAGAUCCGUCUUAGGGGUGACUUAGACUUUGAGGUUGUUGGUCUCUAUCGCCUGCAAGUGGAUGCAGCGGAUCAGGGCAACCCACCGCUGUCGGGUCACUGCAAGGUGGUGGUGGAGGUGGUGGACGUGAACGACAACGCGCCGGAGGUGUGGGUGACGUCGCUGUCGGUGCCGGUGCCGGAGGACGCGUCGGUGGGGACGGUGGUGGCGCUGCUGAGCGUGUCGGACCGGGACUCGGGGGCGAACGGGCGGGUGCGGUGCGCGGUGUGGCCGCCGGCGCCGUUCGGGCUGGUGGCGAGGUUCGCGGGCUCGUACUCGCUGGUGCUGCGGGAGGCGCUGGACCGGGAGCGGGUGUCGGAGUACGAGGUGGAGGUGCGGGCGGAGGACGGCGGGGCGCCGCCGCUGCGCGGCAGCCGCGGGGUGCGGGUGCCGGUGUCGGACGUGAACGACAACGCGCCGGCGUUCGCGCAGGCCGUGUACACGGUGCUGGCGCGGGAGAACAACGCGGCGGGCGCGGAGCUGGCGCGGCUGUGGGCGCGGGACGCGGACGAGGCGGGGAACGGGCGCGUGAGGUACUCGGUGGCGGAGGGCGUGGGCGGGGGCGCGGGGGCGGGCGGGGGGUGGCGGGCGGCGUCGAGCUACGUGUCGGUGGACGCGGAGAGCGGGCGCGUGUGGGCGCUGCGUCCGUUGGACUACGAGGAGGUGCAGGUGCUGGAGUUCGAGGUGCGGGCGGUGGACGCGGGGGAGCCGCCGCUGUGCGGCAACGCCACGGUGCAGCUCUUCGUGGUGGACGAGAACGACAACGCGCCGGCGCUGCUGCCGGCGCCGGGCGUCGGGCCGGGGCCCGGGGCGUCGGGCUGGUCGUCGUCGGGUCCGGUCUCGGGGGCGCUGUGGGCGUGGGCGGCGUGGGGGGCGCCGGCGGGGCAGGUGGUGGCGAAGAUCCGGGCGGUGGACGCGGACUCGGGCUACAACGCGUGGCUGCGCUACGAGCUGUGGGAGCCGCGGGGGAAGGGCCCGUUCCGCGUGGGGCUGUACAGCGGCGAGGUGAGCACGGCGCGGGCGCUGGAGGAGGCGGACGGCCCGCGGCAGAGGCUGGUGAUCGUGGUGCGGGACCACGGGGAGCCGGCGCGCUCGGCCACGGCCACGCUGAGCGUGUCGCUGGUGGAGGGCGCCGAGGCGGCGCUGGCGGCCGCGGGCUCGUCGUCGUCGUCGUCGUCGUCGUCGUCGGGAGCGGGGCUGCGGCCGGCGGCGGGCGCGGAGGGCGGCGCGGCGGCGGCUGCGGCGUCGGCGUCGGCGACGAACGUGUGGCUGGUGGUGGCCAUCUGCGCGGUGUCGAGCGUGUUCGUGCUGGCGGUGGUGCUGUACGGGGCGUCGCGGUGGUCGCCGCGGGCGGCCGUGGUGUCGGGGCCCGGGCCGGCGACGCUGGUGUGCGCCAGCGAAGUGGGGAGCUGGUCGUACUCGCAGCGCCAGAGCCGGAGCCUGUGCGUGGCGGACGGCGCGGGCAAGAGCGACCUGAUGGUUUUCAGCCCCAACUUCCCGCCGCCGCCCGGCCCCGCGGCGAAGGAGACGCAGCCGGAGCCGCCCGCUCUCCUGGACACGGUCAGUGGCCCUCCCUUUCUGGCCUCUCGCCCCUUCGCCCUUCUUCUCGGUCUCCCUCCGCCCUUCUUCGCGGUCUUCGUUCUGGCCCGCCGCCUGGGCAGGCGCUGGUGGGAGGCGGGCUCAGCCCGCGGGGCCUGCGGGCGAGUAAAAUCGCUGCCGACUGCGAUGAGAGGUGCCACGACAUCAGCUUUCGAGACGCUCUUGCUUGGGGGUGUGUAG